AAAUCCAAAAUCGACCCGUCAACCUGCUGUCCCUCACCGUCGACCGUUCACGCGUUGGGUACCUAGACGACGCACACGCCUUCUGUUGGACAACCGGAACUUCGGACAACAAGAAUUUAUCAAAAAAAGAUGGGGAAGGCCACAACGCCCACGGAUCGUCAGGCCCGUCGACACAACCCUCUUCAAGAUGACAUCCUUGCGACUGGGCCGCUGAAGAACAAGACCAAAAAGAAGAAGGGGAAGAAGGACGACGAGGAGGACGGGGAGCAUUACAUCGACGCCAGUCAAAGUCGCAAUAUCCUGAGGCUAGGCCGCGAACUGGCAGAAGAGGAUGACGCACAGAAGAAACCCGCGACGCAGGCCAAAGUUGACCUCUUCGCCAUCGAGUCGAGGUACGGCGCCGAAGCCCUGGAUGAUGACCGCCAGUAUGACGACGAAGACGCAUGGGGCGACGAAGAGGAGGAGGAGGUAGAGGAGGUCGAGCUGGACCCGGAGGACUUGGAGACGUACCGCAAAUUCUUUCCCGAUAAUGAGGACGAACCCUCGGCCAUGCUCAGGGACGCUGGCUGGGGUUCCAAGGGUCGAGACGAGGACAUGGGUGGUGGUGGCACCAACCUGACGGAGCUCAUCUUGGAGAAAAUCGCUGAGCACGAGGCUGCUGAAGCCCGGCGAGAGGCUGGUUUGCCGGAUGAGCACUACGAGUUGCCGCCGAAGGUCAUCGAGGCCUAUACUAAGAUUGGCCAGAUUCUCUCGAGAUAUAAGAGCGGUCCCUUGCCGAAACCGUUCAAGAUCCUGCCCACGAUACCCCAUUGGGAAGAUAUCAUCGAGGUGACCGAACCCCACAAGUGGACGCCCAACGCCGCAUUCCAGGCGACCAGGAUAUUCUCUGCCGCGAGUCCAGCGACGUGCCAAAAGUUCAUGGAGAAUGUCAUCCUGGACAAGGUCCGCGACGAUAUCCGCGAGCACAAGAAGCUGAACGUUCACCUGUUCAACGCGCUCAAGAAGAGUCUUUACAAGCCAAGAGCUUUCUUCAUCGGGUUCCUGUUCCCGUUGCUCAUGAGUGGUUGCACGGUUCGCGAAGCCCACAUUGUUUCCGCCGUGCUUGCGAGAGUCUCGGUUCCCGUGCUUCACUCGGCUGCUGCCCUUAAGGGUAUCACAGAGAUUGCUGCCCAACAAGCGUCACAAGGCACGGAGGGUGGUGGCGCGGCCAACAUCUUCAUCAAGACGCUCUUGGAGAAGAAGUAUGCUCUCCCCUACCAGGUCAUCGACUCGCUCGUCUUCCACUUCCUACGCUUCCGCAGCGUGGACCCGGCCUCCAUCAAGGAGGGCCAGGCCGUAUCAGGUGAUAUGGUCAGGUCGCUGCCAGUCGUGUUCCACCAGAGCCUGCUCUCCUUUGCCCAGCGGUAUCGCAACGACAUCAGCGAGGACCAGCGAGAGGCGCUCCUCGAUCUGCUUCUGUCGCACGGACACCCUGCCAUCGCUCCCGAGAUUCGGAGGGAACUACUUGCCGGUCGAGGUCGCGGGGUUCCGGUGGAGCCCCAGGGGCCAGGAUUUGAUGGCGAUGACACGAUGCUGGUGGACGCCUAAUCUGUUGGCGAUGGACGCUCCAUGAUGAUGGGUGGAGAAAAGGCUUGCACUGGGAAUGUGGUCUGCGGUCGGCAUCUGGAAAGGCGUUAACAGGAUUUGAUUUGUCAAGGUAUAAUGAAUGAUCUGAUAUCUCUUCAAUAACGCUCAACUACACACUUUUGUUGCGCGGCCCGUGUACCUCCUCCGGUCCAGCAGCUUGGACACUGCCGUUGGGUUUAUGUUGUGGAAAGAAGCAUACGCUGGGUCACGACACAUCUCAAAAGCUAUUUGAAUAGUCACCACAGUCCCAAGUUCCAAGAAAAUACCAAGGAUAGCCCCAGCAUUGCAACGUAGCUUGAAACCGCUCGGUCACG